AUGGAUAUUUACCCAAGACUCCCGCAGGCUGUGGUUCUGCCAAUUCUAUCUUCGUUCUCCAUUGUUCUGGCUAUUCCCCCAUUAAUUCUGCAUGAAAAGAACCGCAAUUUCCCUGCUACCAGUCUGAUCUUCUGGUCAAUUCUCCUCAACUUGUUCAAUAUCAUCAAUUCUCUCAUCUGGCCCACAGACGACGUAGAGUCGUGGUGGGACGGGGCUGGUCUCUGUGAUAUCGAGGUCAAAUUUAUGACUGCUGGCUAUGUGGGCAUCCCAGGAAGCCUAGUAUGCAUCUUUCGAAGUCUUGCACUCGUACUAGAUACAGAUCGGGCCACCUUAGUCCCGAGCAAAGGUCAACGCUGGCGCAAUCAGUUCGUGGAGAUUCUAUUCUGUGUGGUCGUUCCAGUCAUCGCAAUGAUCACACAUAUCAUCUGGCAAAAGAGUCGAUACUUGCUAUUUGCCAUCUCGGGAUGUGUGAACAACUUCGACGAGAGUUGGGUCAGUCUCGUCUUUGCAUGGAUCUGGCCGCCGAUUAUCUGCCUUAUUGCAGCAUACUAUUGCUGCCUGGUCCUCAUCCGUGUACACAAGUACCGAAGCGACUUUGCAAACAUCAUCCGCGCCUCCAGCAGCAAUCUCAGCAAAUCCCGCUUCCUCCGCCUCUUCUUCCUUGCUCUAUCAAUGCUCGUCUGUAUCCUCCCACUACAAGGCUACGUUGUCUACAGCGACAUAGUCCUCUCCCUCCCAUGGCACUCCUACUCCUGGCACAAUAUCCACAGAGGAAAUGAAUGGAACACCAUCGUCAAAUACCCCAUCGAUGGCACCGUCUUCUUCGACCGCUGGACCCCCGUCGCAUCAGGCUUCAUGAUCUUCAUCUUCUUCGGCUUCGGCCGCGACGCAACGCGCAUGUACAGCACAGUCUUCUGGUACUUCGGAUUGAGCUCCUGCUUCCCGAGCAUCGAGCCUCCAACAAGUACACACACCCCGUCUCGCGGACACGCCUCAACAGCCACAACACUUGUCGGCACCAUCAGCUCCCGUGCCAGAUCGCUGUUCUCCCGCCAGAAAGAAUCUGUCGCUACGUUUGUCUCGACACAUGGCACUUACAACGACCUUGAGAAGGGGACCUCUUCGCGCUUGUCCCAUCAUAGCUCCUGCAUACCGCCCAAAAAGUCUCGAUGGAGUAGUUUGCCCUGGUCACUCUUUAACAGACGUCACAAUCGUCAGGAUAUCGAUGGGACUCUGUUGACUGACCUGCCCGGCCCUUCACAGACUGUUUGCACUAAUGCUUGGGCUAGUCGUCGUGAGAGUCGGGAUUUGUCCAGUGGGCCUUGUUCACCGGAAAUUAAUAGGGAUUUCAUUCAUGUGCGGCAGGUUAUUAGCCAACAGAGUGAGGUUAGGGCUCACGUCUAG